GGAGACGGGCCAACAAGCACUAAGUCCACUUGGAGAAAGCAGAUCUCAUGUUUUGAUGAACUGUAGCUCGCGUUAGUUUAGUUUUACACUCUGUAAGUCUUUUGUAAGGUUAUUUGAUAAGAAACACUGAGAGCAGAGUUUUCUCCCUCUGGAGGCAGAGACAUGUCGCAAAGGACAUACAACCAACUGUGGGUAGAUGCUCAGUUGGAGUUGAGCCAUCUGCUGACUGAGGAACUGCCUGAUGAGCCCCGUCGCCCAGAAAAGGACAGGGUGGUGUUCUUCCAGCGUCUGGCCAUGCUUUAUGUGCACUACUUGCAGAUCUUCAGACAGCAGGAGAAGGUCUAUGACCAGGUGGUCCAGCCCCAGAAGAGAAGAGUUAUCCGGGCGAUUCUUGAUGGUGUGAUGGGGAGGGUGUUAGAGCUGAAGAAUGAGAUGGUGGAGAAAGAAUUUUCAGAAUACCACUACAUGGAUGAUAUCCUUCACGAUUUGAAGCUUACACCUGCAGACCUUGAGAUCCCUAUCCCUCGCUAUUUCAUCAGCGAUCGCAGCAAAGAAGUCCAACAACGAAAGACGAUGCUGGCAGAUAUUCUUAAAUUGGUGGAGGAUACUGAAAGCCCAGAACCUUUAAUGACCAAGGACAUGAGUCAAGAGGAGGCCAUUAAGAUCAUCCAAGUGUCAGAGAGGGCCCGCCAAGGACGACUGAGGGCCAAGUUGAAUGAAGAGAGCAGAAAUAUGACCAGGAUGUACAGGACCAAAGAGCCUGCACCAGAUGUCAUUGAGUUGGCCUCAGUCUGCAUUCAGAAGGUGUGGAGGGGCCACGUACAGAGGAAGCUGGCAAAGAUUGCUCGGGAUGAAGAAAUGAUUUUUCUGGGAAUGGCCAUGGAUCCAAAAUACCAGGUGACAGUCCCUGCAGAAAUCACUGCCCAGGCCGGUGAAGCUUGUACACGGAUUAAACAGGAGGAGCACGACGAAGACUAUCAAAAGUGUGCAGUGGCCCUCACAAACCAACUACGAGACGUAGAGUGUCACGACAUGAGCAAGACCAUGAAAGAACAGAUCCGACAGUGGUUCAUUGAAUGCCGUGAUGCUAAAGGAUCAUUUCCAGAUUACCCGGACGCAGAGGACGGAGGCUCAGCCCUCAUUUUUGCUGAAAAGACCCCUCAGCAGUUAUUGGAAGACAUUGCUGCAAAGGAAGAGGAGGAAUCCAAAAACAAACCAAAAGGGAAGGAGGAGAAGAAGGAAAAGGAGAAGAAGGAAAAGGGGAAAAAGGACAAGGGGAAGGUUGCUGUGGAAGAAGAGGAGGCUGGGUUGAAGAUGCUACCUUCGGCUUUUCUGUCAGACUUGGAAGUGGUAAACAAAACCUUUGUAGAUUUUUGGCAAACCCGCAACGAGUCCAGAAACUUCAACCAGAGGCACGAGGUGGAGCUGAUCAAGGAAGAAAAGAGGAAAGUCGUUGAGGCAGAGAUUCGAGUACAGGUGGAUGAGCAGAUGAGACAAGAGCUGGCUGAAUGGAAGAUAGCUGUGGAUAAAGACAAGGGCGGUAAAACCAAAGGAAAUGCCAAGAAAAAGAAAGGAUCUAAGAGUGGGAAGAAGAAAAAGAAGGAGAAAGAUUUGACAUCUGAUAGGACUCUUGAGUCUCUGUGUCAGGAGCUGGUGGAACAGGGCUUGUUAAAACAGGCAGAUAAUGUUAAGCUGCAGGAUUACAUGGGUGACUUUAGCUACCUUGGGACCACACUGAGGCAAAAUGACAUUGAGCCCAUGCCGUCAUUGUCAGACGUGCGACAGGUCUUAUCUUUAUAUGCAAUUUUACCAUUAGGCUCUCAGGUGGUGCACGAGAAGUUUCCUCUGAUAAAGGCCAUCCUGCUGGCAGGACCGGUAGGUGUAGGCAAGAAGAUGUUGGUCCACGCAAUCUGCCAGGAGACGGGCGCCAGCCUGUUUGAUCUGUCUCCUCUGAACACGGCAGGAAAGUACCCAGGAAAGAGUGGCCUCGCCAUGAUGCUCCACAUGGUGUUAAAGGUUGCAAGACUGCUGCAACCUUCGGUGAUAUGGAUUGAAGAUGCAGAAAAAAUGUUCUACAAGAAAGUUCCCAAGGAAGAAAAAGAGUUGGAUCCCAAACGCUUGAAGAAAGACUUGUCCAAGUCUCUCAAGUUGAUCAGAGGGGAGGAUCGUGUUCUGAUAGUAGGAACAACUAAAAACCCACUGACUGCUGAUAUCAAGUCACUGUGUAAAAUGUACAGCAAAAUCAUCCUCAUCCCAAGACCUGACUAUGGCUCAAGACACUUCCUGUGGAAGCAGCUGAUCAGAAAGCAGGGUGGCGACGUAACCAGGGCGCUGGACCUCAGCUCUCUUGCGAAAAUUUCCGAUGGCUACACGCCAGGUCACAUAGUCCAGGUGAUCCAGAGCAUCCUCACCAAGCGUCGCAUCAUACAGCAGGCGAACAAGCCGCUGACCGCUGCCGAGUUUGUUGCUCCAUUAGCCAAGAUUGACCCUGUGUUUCAGGAAGAAGAAGAGGCCCUUAAAAACUGGUAUGCCAAGACCCCCCUGGGAAAGAAGAGGAUUAAAGCUGCCGCAGGAAAGGAGGAAGAGGAGAUGGCAGGUAAAGGCAAAGCUGCAAAGAAGAAGAAAGGGAAGAAAUAAGUUUGUUAUCAUGUAUGAUAUUUAUUGAAGCUUGUAUGUGAACUGCCUUCUGAUGGCUGUCCCAUUUACUCCCUACAAAAUAAAUAAAUACAAUUAAAAGCA